AUGGAAAGUGACGAAUUAGGCAAUGAUUUGGUAAGGUUAGACAAUGGAUUUCUAGUAGAUGAGGAAACUUACGUUGUUAACUCUGAUGAUGUUUUAGAACAAGAAGAAAACAACUCUGAUUCUAACUGUGGAGGUAAAAAUGUCCCUCUAAGAGAACAGGAUCGUUUCCUACCCAUUGCAAAUAUAGCCAAAAUUAUGAAAAGAGCAAUUCCUGAAAAUGGGAAGAUAGCAAAGGAUGCGAGAGAGUGUGUACAAGAGUGUAUAUCUGAAUUCAUAUCAUUCAUAACGAGUGAAGCAAGUGAUCGCUGUCAAAUGGAAAAGAGAAAAACAAUCAAUGGAGAAGAUGUCCUAUUUGCGAUGAAUGCAUUGGGUUUUGAUAAUUAUGUAGACCCACUGAAGCUGUACCUUAAGAAAUAUAGAGAGAUUGUUUUAUCACCGGUGACAAUAAAUAAGCUGAGUAAAGCCCUUGUUCUCUAUGGAAGUGACGGAGCGACAUGCGUACCAGCCGAGAAUGACAAUGAAACACAGACCGAAACAGUGAUAUACACUUACCCCAAAGUCGUUGGUGAUUUUAAUAUCAAUUAA